GUCUCCCUGCUCAUCGAUCAUGUGCCUCUUACUACUGUUCAGUGGAAACAUUAUUAGUCGUUGUGAAAAACCGUUUUUAGUGAUUCGAUUGAGGCACUAUUAAGGUAUAUAGUAUUGUGAAAAACAAAAGUCUACCCAUUUGAAUGUGUGAGUGGUUGCUUGACAACCUUCUACCUGAAGUCAUUCGUUAGCUCAUUUUGAUUAAUAUUCAGAACAGUCCCUUUAAAAAAAAAAAAAAAAAAAAAAAGCUAGACUUCAAAACAACCUCCAAAGGUAAAGAUGACUCAAGAAAACAUCUUCCUCUUCGUUCCUAAUCUGAUAGGUUAUGUCCGCAUUGUGCUGGCGCUGGUGUCCUUUUUCUUGAUGCCAUGCUGCCCGUUUCUCGCCUGUUUCUGCUAUAUGCUCAGCCAGCUGUUGGAUGCCUUUGAUGGUCAUGCUGCGCGGGCGCUCAACCAGUCGACGCAGUUCGGCGCCAUGCUCGACAUGCUGACUGACCGGUGUGCCACCAUGUGCCUGCUGGUCAACCUGGCACUGCUCUACCCAUCGUACGCAUUUGUUUUCCAGCUCAGCAUGUGUCUGGACAUCGCUAGCCACUGGCUGCACCUGCACAGCUCCGUGAUCAAAGGGUCCGCAAGUCACAAGAACAUUGACCUCUCAGGAAACCCGCUCCUCCGUGUGUACUACACGAACAAGGUGGUUCUGUUCUUGAUGUGUUUGGGCAAUGAGCUCUUCUUCUGCCUCCUCUACAUCCUGCAUCACAUGGAACAACCAAGCGGGCUCAUAUACUGUGCCCUGGUGGUGUGCGGCGUGGUGUGCGUUCUGAAGUCGUCAAUCAAUCUCGUCCACUUGGUGACAGCCUCUCAGAACAUGGCCGCCAUUGACGCCGCCCAACGUGCCAAUGCCGUCAGGAAGUCGCAGUGAGAGCACCGUGUCGUCUCUUGAUUUUCUUCCUCGGCCUUAUUUGGCCACAUUCGUGUAACUGUCAUACGAUUGUUUCCAAGCAAUCAACUUUUAUUAUUAGCAUUUUGUUUCCAGAUUUUAUGUUGGUGUGGGGAGCUGUAGGCAGCUCAGGCUUAUACACACACAUGACACACACACAAAAAAAUGUAGAGACGAUAUACUGGAGAUAGAAAUAUUCAGUAAUGGGUUCACUUUCACUCCCUUGUAGAACUUGGACGUCAGUGUAAGCAUAUCUGAUUUAUAUCCACAUAUGAAAGGGGCCUGGGUUAAAUAUGAAGAAAUCCAAAUUGUAUUGUUUACAUUUACAAGGAAAAAAAAUCACAUCCAUGUGACAUUGAGCAAAAAAAGAAUCUGAAUUGAUCUGCCAUAUAAAAAUAGCCAUCAUCACUUUCUGCAUUUUCUGCACUGUCAAUUCAAAAUUAUCCUGUUUUUUUAAGAGGGUUAAAAAAACCUGUUAAAAUCAACUCAAAACAUAAUCAAGGUUGAUCAAAUAAUCAUUAAUUGCAGCACUAAUUUGAACACAAACAUCAGUGCAGCACACUAACACAACAUCACAGUUUUCACAGGCAUUCUUUGUCCUCUUUGAAGAAUUGCUAAUAUUAUUGUAAUUUACUGUCCCCACGUAAGCAAAGCAAAUUUAUAUAAUUUAUAUGUAUUACAUUUGUAUAGUGCAUUCUCAAAGUAACUGAAUGUGCUUUACAAGGUUAAAAGCAUUCAAAUACAUAAAAACGUUUGAAAGUACAAUUAAACAACUUUCGUGCAAGAAAUAUCACUAAAAAGUGGAAGUACUCUAAAACCCAAGAGAGAAAAAAAUUGUUUUUAAUCUGGAUUUGAAAACACUUGGGGCUAACGUCACCUUUGUUGGUAUCUGAUUCCAUUUUUUUGCUGCACAAUAUUUAAAUGCUGAUUCACCAUGUUUGCUUUGGACUCUGCACUCCAUUAUUAGACCUGAGUCAGUCGAUCUCAGGGCCCUACUGGGUUUGUAUUCCAUGAGCAUUUCUUUCAUGUAUUCAGGACCCAAACCAUUUGGUGAUUUUUAGACCAGGAACAGAACUUUAAAAUCUAUUCUAAAGCUGACUGGAAGCCAGUGCAAGGACUUUAGAAUUUGAGCUAUAUGCCCUGACCUCCUUGUUCUGGCCAGAAUUUGAGCUGCAUCAUUCGAAAUGAGCUGUAGCUGUUAAAUUCUCUUUUUAAGGAGUCCAGUCAGAAGACCAUUACAAUAGUAGAGUCUGCUUGAGAUAAAAGCAUGGAUGAACUUCUCCUGGUCUGCUUGAGAGGUGCAAGCCUCUUGAUAUGUUCUUCAGAUGGUAAAAGGCGGUUUCAGUAAUUGAUUUGAUAUGACUGUUGAAGGUCUGGUCAGAUCAGAACACAAAUGUUUCGGGCUUGGUCUUUGCUUUUUAAAGACAGUGAGUCCAGGUACUUUUGAACAGCAAUCCUUCCUUCGUUGUUGCCAAAAACUAUUAUCUCAGUUUUGUUGUUGUUCAGUUGAAGAAUAUUUUGGCUCAUCCAGUUAUUUAUCUGCUUUAGACAGUGGCACAACACCUCAAUUGAACCCUAGUCAUCAGGAGGUACUUCUACAUGUAACUGUAUGUAAAUUUGACCCAAGGGGAGCAUAUACAGGCUGAACAGGAGGGGUCCAAGAACUAACCAUAGGUCCUUGCCAUCUGUUGAGAUUGAGCACUUCCGAUAGUUACAAAGUAGCUCCUUUCCUCCUCGUAGGACCUAAACGAUUUAAAGACCGUUCCAUUCAGUCCUACCCACGUUUCCAAUCUGUUUAGCAGUAUAUUGUGAUCUAUGUUAUCAAAAGCCACACUGAGAUUCAACAAGACCAAAAUUGACACCUUUCCUGAAUCAGUAUUCAAUCUAGUAUCAUUUAGCACUUUAAUACGAGCAGAUUCUGUACUGUGAUAAAUUCGUAAACCUGAUUGAAAUUUGCCAAAAAAGUCCAUUUAAAUCCAAGAAAUUGCUAAAUUGGUGAAAAAAAAAAACCUUUCUUAACAAUCUUGGCUAUGAAAGGGAGAUCAAACAUGGGUCUAUAGCUUGCUAACAGGGAAGCGUCGAGUGCUCUUUUUUAGAAGAGGGUUAACAGCAGCUACUUUAAAAGCUUCAGAAAACUCACCACACUGAAGUGAGCAAUUGAUUAUUUGUUGCAAAUUGGCUAGCACUGAUUUCACAAUAGUUUUGAAAAGUCAGAUGGUAUUGAGUCAAGACGGCUCAUUGACGGUUUCAGCCUGAUGGAUUGUAAUUUUUUUUCACAAAAUAACACCCAAUCCCAUUGCAUUUAUAAACUGUUUUGAGUUCUGUAUUUAUGUCUACCUGUAGGAGGCCCCGUAGCUCAGUGGUUAGAGCACUGGUUUGGUAAACCAGGGGUUGUGGGUUCAUAUCCCACUGGGGCCUCCACUCCCUGAGAAGGGUUGCGUCAGGAAGGGCAUCCGGUGUAAAAAUUGUGCCAAACAUAUAUGUGCGUUCAUCUGAGAUGACACGCUGUGGCAACCGCGAAAGGGACAAGGUGAAAGAAAACUUAAACCUAUUUAUGUUUACCUGUAUCAUGCUGCCCCCUAUGUGACUGCAGCAUGUACACCAGAAGGAGCAACACAAUGUACAGUCUCCACAAAAAGUAUUGGAAUGGAAAGGUCAAUUCCUUUGUUUUUGUUGCAUACUGAAGACAUUUGGGUUUCAGGUGAAAAGAUGAGUAUGGGACAGACGUUGAGAAUUCCAGCUUUCAUUUCAUGGUAUUUACAUCUAGAUGUAUUUAACAAUUAUGGACCAAGCUCAAGUUUCUUACUUACUUUUCAAGUGCGCAAAAAAUAUUGGAACACGUGACUGAUGUUUUUAGUUUCUCAGGUGUUGCCUGUUAGGUUAAUUGCUGAAAUAUUAGUGCUUGUUUUUGGCUUUGCGUGUCAUCUGUGAAAACUGCAUUUGUUGCUAAGCAAACGUGAAGACCAGAGAGCUGUCAAUGGGAAAAAGCAAACCCAUUUUUAAGAUAAGAGAAGAGGGAAACUUGAAUUGGAUAAAUAUUGGACAUUGCCAAAAAAGCAAUCUGGAAAGUCCUGAAAAGAAAAACUACUGAUGUACUGCGCAACAAGCAUUGAACAGGUCUGUCGAGGUUAUCAAUAGCAGUUGUUGAAAGAAACAUUGUGAGACCUGUGAAGAAACACCCAGAGACAACAGUCAGUGACAUCCUUGCUGACCUCCACUGGGCAGGAGUGACGGUAUCACAAUUUGCUUUUUGAAAAAGACUGAGAGAGAAGAAAUAUACAGGUCCUACAACAAGAUACAAACCACUCAGGGCUAAAGAGUUGGAAGGCCAGAUUGGAUUUUGCAAAUAAGUACAGAAAUAAGCCACAAAAGUUUUGGAACAAAGAUUUAUGAAAUGAUGAGACCGACAUUAACCUCUACCAAAAGAAUUGCAAGGACAAGUAUGGAGAAUAAAAGGAUCUGUGUAUGAUCCAAAAUACACUCAUCUGUGAAGCAUGGUGGACGUAAUGUCAUGGCUUGGGCUUGUAUGGCUGCUUCUCGAAAGAGCUCACUAUUUUACUAUUUUUUUGUAAUGGUAUGUGACUCAUGAUGUUAGCAGCAGAAUGAAUGCUGAAAUCUACAAAUCAAUUUUGUAUGGCAAUUUACAGAAAAAUGCAUCCAAUCGAAUUGAGAGAGGUUUCAUUAUGUACAAUGAUCAGAAACACAUUGCUAAUACUACAAAGGACUUCAUUGGGGUGGGGUGGGGGCUGGCCAAGUCAAUCCUUAACCUUAACCAAAUAGACCACACAUUUUACCUUAUCACGAGGAGAGUGAAGGGGAACCCCCACCGAAACAACAAACUGAAAGAAGCUGCUUGAAAAAAAUUCAAAUUUCAAAUGAUGAAUGCAACGGUCUGGUGAAGUCAACGAGUUGCUGGAUUGAUUAAAUUAUAGUUGGAUAACUACGUUGCUCUUUUAUAAUACUGUGGGAGGAGGGGAAGGCAUUUUUUUAAAGAUUGAAUUUUGCAAAGGCCAAAUUUGUCAUGUUAACGUGUGAAAAUGUUCACAUUCCAUGAUACAGAAUUUUUAUUUUCUGCAAUACGCUUCUGCAGCUGUGAUUCACGUGUGAUGCUGAGUAAACAUGAGCAAAGUGUUGAAUGUAUGACUAGACGACACGGGUUUAUUGGUUUAAAUGUAUUUAAAAGCACUUGACAUGUAUUUCUGUUCUCUUUUUUUUGGCUCAUAGGUUGUUUAAAUCUACUGUAAAAAAUAAAAGGCUUUAAAGUGUGUAAUA